CUUAUCUUCACGCCAUGCGACGAGUGGCUUGGGAAGCUCUCGCAAUCGAGGGGACAUGUCAGCUCGCUCAGCUCGACAGAAAACCGCCUCAUUCUUACAGGUCUGGUCGGUCUUUCGGAUCAAAAUGACGAGCUUUCCUAUGGUAAAACUCGCUAAUCCGCCAUGCCCAAAGCACUAUCCGAGCAAUGUAGAUCUGCUCAGAGGUUCUGUAAUAUGCAUUGCGACGGCGAGGUUUGGCUGAUCGUGUCGUCCGAGUAAGCUCGCUUGAAAACACAAUUUCUUAGCUUCUAGUGGUGACAGAGCAUGCACUAUCGAUCGUCGUACUGUUGAUGGGCAUCUACAAGACCGCCGUGCCUCGCGCUUGCCUCAGCUCAGCUUGAAUGCAUUCUCAAAGUCCCUUGCUCAUUCUUCCUCAUCGUCUAGAUCGAAACUAUCUAUAUCAUUCAUCCAUACAGAAACCAUGACCCUAUUCCAAGCAUCGCUAGCUCUAGUCUGGAUAGUCCUUCUCCAAACUUCAUACACAGCUCCAUUGUUUCAAAAACGAUCUCAGUCCGGUCCUCACAUCACGACCGACUUCCCUGAUCCCUCAAUCCUCAGAGUCGGAGAUGUCUGGUAUGCCUUUGCUGGACAAUCGUUGUACGAUUACAAAAAUACACAUAUUCAAUUUGCGACUUCGACAGACUUCGAGACAUGGACACUUCAGCCAGGCUAUGAUUUGCUACCCGAUCUGCCAAGUUGGGUAGAUGCUUCAAAGAAACACGUCUGGGCCCCGGAUGCCAACCAUUUGGAUGACGGCAGAUUUCUCUUGUACUUCAGCGCACCUACGUAUGACACCAAUGCCCCCCAUUGUAUUGGCACUGCGAUCAGUGACGCUAUUGACGGCCCGUAUGUGCCAUCGGAGGAGAGCUUUGCCUGUCCCGCGGACCAAGGAGGGGCCAUCGAUGCAUCUGGAUUCCGAGACGCUGAUGGAACUCGCUACGUUCUUUACAAGAUCGAUAGCAACUCGCUUGGUCAGGGUGGAGUUUGCAACAACGGAGUAGAACCAGUUGUCUCUACACCCAUUCUGAUCCAAGAAGUCGAGAACGAUGGAGUGACGAAAAAGGGCGACACGUACGAGCUUAUCACCAACGACUCACCCGAGGACGGUCCGCUGGUCGAAGGCCCCAGUAUGAUACAUUCUGGCGACACAUAUUACCUAUUCUACUCGUCCAACUGCUUCACUACCACGAAUUACGAUGUUGCGUAUGCGACCAGCUCAUCACCUACUUCUGGCUUCACGAAGCAGGGCACCCUCUUUGGCACAGGCUAUGGAGGGCUCAAGGGUCCUGGUGGAGCAGACGCCGCUUUUGACAACAACCAUUUCGCGUUCGCCGCGCAGAAAGGUGAUGGGCGAAGGAACUUGUACACUGCUCUCAUCACACCAGACGGAGACAUUGUGUCUGCAUAGAAUUCGAAUGAAGUCCUAAUUGA